AUGACAGGGAAAGUCAACAGAGACCUUUUUUUUAAACUAGCUUCUGAUCUUCGAGAAGAGCGUCUACAUGCAGCUGUCGCAUUAAUAAAGGACUUAUCCGCAUUAGAUUUGCCCGACGAUGCAGAAGAAUGGUCUUAUGUAUUGAAUCGUUUAAUCAAGGGUUUGUCGUCUGACAGAAAUAGCGCGAGGUUAGGAUUUUCUUUAUGUUUGACGGAAGUAAUCAAUUUAGCUGUUAAUAUGCCACCAGGUCAACGACCAAAAGGUUUAGAAUCAACGAACGAGUUCUUGAGCACCUUAUCAACCAUUUUGAACGUUAAUGUCAAUGAGGGAACAAAAAAAUCCAUGAAGGGCAAAGAUGAGCGUGGAAUUUUAUUUGGGAAGUUAUUUGGCUUGAAAUCUCUACUAAAUGAACCUUUAUUCUCAGAAAUAUUUGUUAAAGAUUUGGAAAAAGGAAACACCGAGUUUUUCAUUCGAUUCACGGAACAGCUAAUUGAUCUGGCCCUGAAGAAAAACUGGAUCAAAGAACCAUGCUUUUUUACCCUUUUCCAGACUAUGAAAAUGCUGCUACCUUUUAUGGAUGAAAGUUCCGCUGAAAAAAUUCUUCUGAUAUAUGAUAAAUAUGACCUGACUCUGACAAAUGAGGGACUGUCAACUUAUUUGUUGCUGAAAUAUGAAGGUGAUGAAAGUCUAAUUCCCUCGGUGUUGGAUUUGAAAAAUCCAGGUUGGAAGGAUAACGACCCUCUGGCAAGAGGAAAUCUGCCCCUUUUAACAAAAGUAUUGAGAAACUCUUCUGUAAUUCCGGAUGCCAAUGGAGGUUUAAAAGAGACGAAAAAACAAAAAAACACGAAUUGGAACCCUAGGCUGCAUUUUGUUUGGAGUGUUCUGCUACCGUUGUUUGGUAAUGGAAAAUUAGAGAACACUAGUCAUAUUUCGAAGAAAAGGAAGAAAACCAACAAUAAAAAGGUUCAGAAUUCAAUUCAAUUUCCAGAGUUUUGGAAAAUGGCCGUGGACGAAUCAUUUUUCAAUGAGAAAGCUUCUAGUGAAAGAAAAUAUUUAGGCUUUCUAAUAAUCGACGCGGCUUUCAAGGCAGUUCCUGGCUCGUACAUCGGGUUUUGCUUCAGCCAAAACGUUAUGAGAACAUUGAUCAACCAAUCAAUAGAUUCACAAAGAGUUUUAAAUAAGAUUUCCCAGUUAACUUUAGACUCCAUAGUGAAGGCUUGUGAAGAAGAUUCUGCAAACAGACUAGUACCUUGUUUAAAUGCAAUGUUAUUUGGUCCUCACGGUUCCAUAAACUUUGAUAAGUUAACAAAAUCUGGCACCGUUUCCAAACUUAUUGCAAUUAAAGAAUUACCUUCUACUGUUCUUGCCCAAUUACUCGAUGUGUUUUUUCUACAGUUACAAGAUAAAAAGGGAGUUUUAUCUCAUACCCUUUUUGCUCUUGAUUCCAUCCUUCAUAUAGUUCGUGCACACAAAGUCGAAAUCAAUGACAUGGACAUAAUGAAGCCCGUGUUGAGACCCAUCGUAUAUAUGGCUUUCUUCAAACAUACAUCAGAUGAUCUGAAGUUAGAACAGCUACACGAAUUAGCCAAGGAAAGACUUUAUUCCAUCCUGGGAGAGUUGACAAUAAACAAAGAAAUACGUUGCAAAGAUCCUGAAAUAAACUCAUGGCAAUAUCUGACAUUAAAGUUAAUACUGGACAUUGAAAAUUCUCAUGUAGGAGAUUUAAUCAAUCCACUGGACGAAAAUUUAGAAAAUAUAAAAAACGAAGCUAUAUCUUGCUUGAGUAAAGUUUGCAGAUCAAGAACUGCUCAAUCUUGGGGUCUAAGCACGUUGUUAUCUAUGUGCUUAGUACAAUUAUAUGCAGGUGACACCGAUUCUAUUUCUGUGAUCGAAGAACUUUGCGAAUUUUCCAAACACGAGAAUAACUCAAUGGUAGGCAUCACUGAAAUCUUACUAUCACUUUUAGCCCAAAAGAAGGCCUUACUCAGGAAAUUGAGUUUAAUAAUCUGGCAGCAGUUUAUUGAAGAAGUUGGUUUGGAAGAAUUGCAAAUUUUAUUAGAUAUUUUAAAAGCGAGAGAAAACAAGCAAGGUUUUGCCCAGCUAUUCGAAGGAGAAGAAGAAUUUGAAGAAAUUAAGGAAGAAAAUGAUGCCAGUGAAGACGAAUCGAAAACUGGUAGUGAAAGUGAAAGUGAAAGUGAGAGUGAUAGCGAUGAUGCUGAUGAAAAAGAUGAAGAAGACGAGGCAAAUGAAGAUAUUUUGAAUAUUGAUAAAGAGGCCACUAGCGCCUUAGUGAAGGCGUUAAAUUUACCCGAUAACAUAGUUAAUGAUAAAGGGGAAGUUGACUUAGACCAACUCGAAGGGCUUUCUGACGACGGUGGAGACGAUGAAGAUGAGGAGUCUAUGGAUGAUGAAAAAAUGAUGGAAUUAGAUGAUCAGUUAUCCGAAAUUUUCAAACGUCGUAAGGAAGCAUUAUCAAGCAUAUCUACUGGAAACCAGAGGAAAUUUGAGGUAAAACAAUCUAGGGAAAACGUUAUCUCGUUCAAGCAUAGAGUUGUCGACAUGUUAGCCGUUUACGUCAAAUAUUGUGAAAAAUUGACUCUUGCUAAUAAAAGUGAACAUUCCAACAAUUUAGGAGGCUCAUUAAGCAAGCUCGUUUAUUUUAUUAUCCCAAUGCUGAAAUGUGUCAAUGAAACUCUUGAUAGGCCACUUGCCGACAAAAUUUCUAAAUUGUUGAAGGGUAAAAUAUUCAAGAUAAAAGUAACUGCAUUCAAAGACAUGAACAAAGACAUCGAGCUUAUGGAUUUGUUGAAAAAAACACACAAGCUGAUGCUGACUUCUAAGCCAGGUCAGCAUGCUGCAGUGUUUUAUUCAAUGUGCUCAACCAGCUCACUGUUUUUGAGUAAGUUAUACGUUGAAAUCGGUGGUAACGACAAGCUUGACGAAUUGAUUGACUUGUAUACUGCAACUACCAAAGAGUGGAUGCAAAAAGGAAAAUGUGGACCUAACAUUUUUAUUGAUUUCAUCAAUUGGCUAUCUUCAAAAAAGCAAACUGUAAUGGAUAAGGAAUAA